AUGAUAUAUCAUACCAUCUCCUAUAACUACGAAGAUAAACAUCCAGACACUACCAUACCAGCAACACUGACUACCCACCCCACUAGUUACCAUGAGGACUACCAUAACACUACCAUUGACUGCAAUGGCUCUCCCGUCCGCUCCAUGGGUAAAUAUGCCCAGUCAACAGUCCUAGGUCCUCCUCUCGUCCCAGCAAUCCCAAGUCUAGGUCCUCCUCGUGUCAACAGUCCAGCAAGUCCUACCUCCUCUCGUCCACAGUCAACAAGUCUAGGUCCUCCUCUCGUCAACAGUCACAAGUCUAGGUCCUCUCUUGUCAACAGUCAACAAGUCCUAGGUCCUCCUCUUGUCAACAGUCAACAAUCAACAAGUCUAGGUCCUCCUCUCGUCAACAGUCCAACAAGUCUAGGUCCUCCUCCAGCAGUCAACAGUCUAGGUCCUCCUCUUGUCAACAGUCAACAGUCUAGGUCCUCCUCUUGUCAACAGUCAACAAGUCUAGGUCCCCUCUUGUCAACAUCCAGCAGUCUGGGUCCUCCUCUCGUCAGCAUCCAACAAGUUAGUCCAACAAGUCUAGGUCCUCCUCUCGUCACAGUCAACAAGUCUAUGUCCUCCUCCUGGUCAACAGUCAACAAGUCUAGGUCCUCCUCUUGUCAACAGUCAACAAGUCUAGGUCCUCCUCUUGUCAGCAGUCCAACAAGUCUAUGUCCUCCUCUUGUCAGCCCAGUCAACAAGUCUAGGUCCUCCUCUUGUCAACAGUCCAACAAGUCUAGGUCCUCCUCUUGUCAACAAGUCCACAAGUCUAGGUCCUCCACUUGUCAACAGUCAACAAGUCUAGGUCCUCCUCUUGCCGCAAUCAACAAGUCUAGGUCUCUGUCAGCUUCAACAAGUCUAGGUCCUCUUGUCCGUCAACAAGUCUGGUCCUCUUGUCAGCAGUCAACAAGUCUAGGUCUCUCUUGUCAACAGUCCAACAAGUCUAGGUCCUCUCGUCAACAGUCAACAAGUCUGGUCCUCCUCAUCGGCAAUCUCAGCAAAGUCUGGGUCCUCCUCUCGUCAACAGUCAACAAGUCUAGGUCCUCCUCUUGUCAACAGUCCAACAAGUCUAGGUCCUCUCGUCAACAGUCAACAAGUCUGGGUCCUCCUUGUCAACAGUCAACAAUCAACAAGUCUGGGUCCUCCUCUUGUCAGCAGUCAACAAGUCUAGGUCCUCCUCUCGUCAGCAGUCAACAGAUCUGGGUCCUCCUCUCGUCAACAGUCAACAAGUCUAGGUCUCCUCUGUCAACAGUCAACAAGUCCAGGUCCUCCUCGUGUCAGCAACAAGUCUGGGUCUCCUCUCGUCAGCAGUCCAAGUCUAGGUCUCUCGUUCAGCAGUCAACAAGUCUAGGUCCUCCUCUGUCAACAGUCAACAAGUCUGGGUCCUCCUCUCGUCAACAGUCCAACAAGUCUAGGUCCUCCUCUUGUCAACAGUCAACAAGUCUAGGUCCUCCUUGUGUCAACAGUCAACAAGUCUAG